AUGACAGGAGGUUCGAUAGGAGCGUUCCAUGAUAUGAGCAGUGAAUCAAAAGAAGAAGCCGAAGUGGUGAACGACAUUGGUGAAUCAUCCUUUGCCUUCUUGACGUCCUUCAGCGACAUUGAUAUUAAACCAGAUGAAUUGGAUUUCCUAAGUGCAGACCCAAAGGAAACUUUGGCUACAACACCCAAGGCAGCACCCGCCUUUACUUCUUCCAGUCUCAAGGACAGAGUGCAACGAUUGCAAGCUGAAAAGAAGACCAAACCUUCGAGUUUCAAGGGCGUGGCCAUACCUGGCAAUUCAGAUCAUGGUGCCACCACCACAACACCCACAAGCAAAAAGAGCAGUCUCAAACCGCUUCCGAGACAUCAGCGACAAUCCAGCUUGUCGUCCACAGGUGGUGGGUCACUGCACGGAUCUAUUCACAACGAGUCGCAUGGUGCUCAGUCCCCCGGUACUGUGACGAAUACUCCAUUGCAUUUCCGCAAGUCCAUAGCGUACACAUCGGAAGCGCGACGUCUGAGACGGCAGGCUUUGAGAGAAUCCUUGGAGGCCAAUUCUCAAGCAGUGAGCGAGAUGGAACUCCCACCACCCGACUUGAUGCGGUCUCCUUCGGAAGCUACUAUUUAUCUAAAGUCACCAAAGACUGUAGCAAAAAAGAAGAUUGAACUCCGUCGGGUUUCCACUGGCGGUUCCUUGGGUUCUAUUUCGUGUCAUUCCAAAAUGUCCUUGGAGUCAUCCGACAGUCUCUUCAAAAAGUCCAACAAGAAUAAAAAGCGAACGCAAUCCGACGUCGGUGCCUUGCCCAAUUUCAUGCCAUUGAAUGACGUGCGCGAGACAAAUGGAGAGGAGGAAGACAAUUUGUCCAAAAAGACUCGAUCCUCAUCCAAGUCCUCCAAGAAGAAUAGGCGCACGAGUAGUUCUGAAAAGAAAUCAUCGAAAAAAAAGGAUAACGCCGAACGGAAAGAAAAGAAGGAGAAAAAGAGGAGAUCUUCCUCCACACCACGACCUACCAUGGUUCACGAAGAGCCUGAGGUUUCCAAAGAAUUUGCAGCAGAGCCAUUUGAAUUUAGUGAGGUGAAUUUCGAUGUUAGCGUGGCGGAGCUAAAGACCCCAGCAUCAAUGGAGGGAACGCCGGAACAGCACAAAGGCAAGAAAAAGAAGCGAUCGUCGGCCUCCAAAGAACGGAAAACGCCCAAGCAGGAGGAUUUGUCAGAACGAGGCGAUGGGGAACUGUGGGAGCAAUUGAAGACGGAGGAAAGCAAGGAGAAGUCUGGAAAGGAACUAAAGAAAAAGCGCCGGUCCGCAUCAGCUUCCAAAGAACGAAAACUAAGAGGCCGCGUUCGAAAAAAGCAGGAAGAAGAGUCUGCCGAGUUGGACGAGGUGCAAUCCGAAGAUUUGAAGGCGGAACCAAAUGAAACGGAUGGAAAGAUAAAGCGACGAUCUGCCUCUGCGUCAAAAGAACGAUCCUUGCGAGGUCGUCUUCGCAAGAAAGAGGAGUCGCGCAAUUCAGGAAACGAACAGCAGGAGGAGGAGGAAGAUAAUGAUGAUAUUGAAAAGGAAGACAAGAAGCCAAAGAUGAAGAACAGAUCUGCAUCUACUUCGAAAGAGCGAACACUACGAGACCGCUUUCGCAGAAAACAAGGAUCACAAGGAUUGAUCAAUGAUGCGGAAGGUGGCGACCAGAACGAGGAGUCGUCCCCGAAUGACACUUUGGAGAAGAAAAAACGUGCAUCCUCCACAUCUUCACUACGAAAUCGCUUUCACAGAAGACAAGGAUCACAGGGAUCGAUCAAUAAUGCUGAAGGUGGCGAACAAGAUUCGUCCCCGAAUGACAUCAGUACUAGGAAGAAAAAACGUGCAUCCUCCGCAUCUUCAUUACGAAACCGCUUUCACAGAAGACAAGCAUCGCAAGAGUCUUUUGCUUCCGCCACUGAGCAGCGAGAAACAGCUGAUGCACCCAUGUCUCCGCCCCAAAAGGCUGCAGCCUCCGAUUCUUUUCGGCGGUCAUCUAGCAAUUAUCCGGACUCGCCCAUGUCCGCUGGUUGGACAACGAAACGCAGAGGCCGCCGUGCUAGCCCUUCGCCUGGAAGGCAAUCCGUUUCUCCUUCCAUGGGUAGGAAAUCAACCUUUCCACCAAUGUCACCAAGAUCGGCCCACACUACUAGACCACAUGUUAGAUCUGGUGGAAGGCGGCAGAGCAUGCCGGCAGCACCGCUUACGCCCCCGCAACAGGUUUCUCGUACCGGAGUCCUCGUUACUCCUGGAAGAAAAAAGCAAAGACCGUCAGUAUCGAGCACUCAAGAUUACAACAGCGAAUCAUUUCGAUCUCAACAGAGCGCACCGAACAACAUGGGCAAGCCUGCGUCCUUCUCAUCUCGACGGGGCAGCACCUCUGCCGAAGCCUUUGAUCCCUUCGCUGCACCAAAACCCACCAAACUUGAUGCCUCGGUACACGAUACUCCACGUGGAAGAAAAUCGACACUAAUAAACCGUCGUCGCAUGAAUGUCGAAGGGUUCACGGGUGCUGCACCUCUGAGAGGAGGUCGCAGACCAAGCACGAGUAAUGCCAAUAAAGAGACGACUGAAGUUGAUGAAGCAGGUUGGGGUGACCUGUCGCAAAGGUCCAAACAGACAGGAGGAGGCCAAGCCCCCAUAGCUCGGGCUGAAUCUCCUGGUCCCGACUUGAAGGGCAGAUACGCUUCUCCUGGUCGCUAUGCAUCCCCAGGACCCCACCGAAGAGGCCCAUUGAAUGCUCCAAUGACAGCUCCCGCCGCCUCCAAGCGACCUGUUCGAAUGAGACGAAGUGAAAUAGGAAAUCUUAGAGCCAGCAUGAUGCAGGAAGAUUCCAAAAACGCUUCUGGUUUGGGUGGCAGUAAUCACAACCCUCGACGAGCAAGAUCACUGAAACGAAAUACCGUGAAUAUGAGGGGUAGUAGUUCGAGAAGAUGUGCCGAAUCAGUGGAACGGAGGAACAAUGUGGACAGCGCCAUGUCCAAACUGAUUGAUGGCUGCACUCCAAACGGUCCUAAAGUGCCAUUCUAG